GCGUGCCGAUCUUGAACUUGGACGGACACCGCUACCUAUACUUUGGACGAGGCUCCAAUAACGUGUGAUCAAUUGCAUUCUGUUGACGAUUAUUCCAGUCACGAUGUUCUCCUGCGGCCUGCUAAUCGCCCUUCUGGUCCUGUACGUGAUCUGGGAUGUCAACUACUUCAUCCGCUGCGUGGCCACCCUCGGCUAUGGGAUGCUGUUCCAGCGGAAGCGCAAAGUGACCGAUCAAACUUCGAUCUACGGCCUGUGCACCACUCAGGACGUGGACAUCUUCAUCCGACACAUGAACAACGCUCGCUACAUCCGUGAGCUGGACUUUGCCCGGUUCCAUUUCUACGGCCUGACCGGAAUCUACGGCAAGAUCAAGGCCAAGGGCGGUGGUGCCGUGCAGGGUGCCUCCAGUGUACGCUACCGGCGGACCAUUCCGAUCUUCAAUACCUACAAGAUCACUACCCGGUUGGUGUGGUGGGACGACAAGGCGAUCUACCUGGAGCAGCAGCUCAUCACGUUGGCCGAUGGGUUCGUCCGAGCGGUGGCCAUGUCCAAGCAGUGCAUCACCAAGGUGAACGUGUUGGACUUGAUGAAGGAGUUUCCGGGCGUGGAGAAGCAACCGGACAUGCCGGACGAACUGAAGCAGUGGUUGGAGUCGAUCGAGACCUCCAGCCAGAAGCUGCGGAAGGACAAGUAGAUCUCA